AUGGACACACAAAAUGUGAGUGAGGCCCAUUUAGGAGGGAUCUGCCCAGUGGAUAAUGAGCAGUGUCUAAAGUUAGAGAAGGCAGCCAUAAAGAUUCAGUCAUGGUGGCGUGGCAACAUGGUACGCCGGACGUUACUGCAUGAAGCACUCAGGGCCUGGGUCAUCCAGUGCUGGUGGAGGUCGAUGCAGGCCAAGAUGCUGGAGCAAAGGCGGCGCCUGGCACUAAGACUCUACACCUGCCAGGAGUGGGCAGUGGUGAAGGUACAGGCACAGGUUCGAAUGUGGCAGGCCCGGAGACAGUUUCUCCAGGCACGCCAAGCGGCCUGCAUCAUCCAGUCUCACUGGCGCUGGCAUGCCAGCCAAACCCAAGGCCUGAUCCGGGGCCGCUAUGAGGUCAGAGCCAGCCGGCUGGAGCUUGACAUCGAAAUCCUCGUGACCUAG